UCCGAGUGGUAAGAAGUUCAGAAGCAAGCCUCAGUUGGCGAGAUACCUGGGGAACACUGUUGAUCUCAGCAGUUUUGACUUCCGCACGGGAAAGAUGAUGCCCAGUAAAUUGCAGAAGAACAAACAGAAACUAAGGAAUGAGUCUCUCAAUCAAAAUAAGGGAAAACCAGACCUAAAUACGACUUUGCCCAUCAGACAAACCGCGUCCAUCUUCAAGCAGCCGGUCACCAAAGUCACCAACCACCCGAGCAACAAGGUGCGGUCCGACCCUCAGCGGGUGACGGAGCAGCCGCGGCAG